UCAGGCUCUUACACUCUCCAGCACUUUCCAGAGCAAAAUCUCUGUUUACAAGAACUCUACCUUACAAGGUUUUUACAAAACCUCAAGUGUAGUUUUUAUUUAAGUAUUUCUACAAAAGGAAAACUCCUGCAGUCCACUUGCAAAAAUGGCUAUGGAUGAUUACUUGUGGAUGGUCAUUCUGGGCUUUAUCAUAGCCUUUAUCCUGGCAUUUUCCGUUGGUGCAAAUGAUGUGGCCAAUUCCUUUGGCACAGCUGUGGGCUCUGGCGUGGUGACCCUGAAGCAAGCUUGCAUUUUGGCAUCAAUAUUUGAAACCACGGGCUCAGUAUUGUUAGGAGCGAAAGUGGGAGAGACUAUUCGAAAAGGUAUCAUUGACGUGAACCUAUACAAUGAGACAGUGGAGACGCUGAUGGCUGGGGAAGUUAGCGCCAUGGUUGGUUCUGCUGUUUGGCAGCUGAUAGCAUCAUUCUUGAGACUUCCAAUCUCAGGAACUCAUUGCAUUGUGGGUUCUACCAUAGGAUUUUCACUUGUUGCAAUUGGUACAAAAGGUGUACAGUGGAUGGAGCUUGUCAAGAUUGUUGCUUCUUGGUUUAUAUCUCCACUGUUGUCUGGUUUCAUGUCUGGCGUGCUGUUUGUGCUGAUCAGAAUUUUCAUCCUAAAAAAGGAGGACCCAGUCCCCAAUGGUCUCCGUGCACUUCCACUGUUCUAUGCUGCUACCAUAGCAAUUAAUGUCUUUUCCAUCAUGUACACAGGGGCACCAGUAUUAGGUUUGAGUCUUCCAAUGUGGGCCAUAGCUCUCAUUUCAUUUGGCGUUGCUAUUGUAUUUGCUAUUUUUGUGUGGUUGGUUGUCUGUCCGUGGAUGAAGAGGAAAAUAGCAGGCAAAUUAAAGAAAGAGGGUGCCCUAUCAAGAAUAUCUAAUGAAAGUCUCCAUAAAAUCCAAGAAACUGAGUCCCCAGUAUUUAAGGAGCUCCCAGGCGCCAAGGCAAAUGACGAUACCACUAUUCCUCUCACCAGUUCAGCUCCCGAAGCCCCCGGAGGGUCAGAGAGCACAGUAAAUGGAAGCCACUCGCGUGUCCCCUAUGGAAGGGCCCUUUCCAUGACGCACGGCUCAGUGAAGUCGCCGGUGUCCAACGGCACCUUCGGCUUUGACAGCCAGAUGAGAAGCGACGGCCACGUCUAUCACACCGUGCACAAGGACUCGGGCCUCUACAAGGACUUGCUACACAAAAUCCACCUCGACCGGGGGCCUGACGAGAAGCCCCUGCAAGAGAGCAACUACAAGCUGCUCCGCCGCAACAACAGCUACACCUGCUACACGGCGGCCAUCUGCGGGAUGCCCGUGCACUCGGCCUUUAAGGCGGCCGACGCGUCCUCGGCGCCCGAAGACAGCGAGAAGCUGGUGAGCGACGCCGUGUCCUACUCCAAGAAGAGGCUCCGCUACGACAGCUACUCCAGCUACUGCAACGCCGUGGCCGAGGCCGAGAUAGAGGCGGAGGAAGGCGGCGUGGAGAUGAGGCUGGCCUCGGAGCUCGCUGACCCUGGCCAGCCCAUGGAGGACCCCGGGGAAGAGGAGAAGGAGGAGAAGGACACAGCCGAGGUACACCUCCUCUUCCACUUCCUGCAGGUCCUCACCGCCUGCUUCGGCUCCUUCGCACAUGGCGGCAACGACGUGAGUAAUGCGAUUGGCCCUCUGGUAGCUUUGUGGCUUAUUUACCAACAUAAAGGAGUAAUGCAGGAAGCAGCUACUCCUGUCUGGUUGCUGUUUUAUGGAGGAGUCGGUAUUUGUGCAGGUCUCUGGGUUUGGGGGAGAAGAGUUAUCCAGACGAUGGGGAAAGACCUCACACCUAUCACGCCGUCCAGUGGAUUCACUAUUGAAUUGGCUUCGGCGUUCACAGUUGUGAUAGCUUCCAAUGUUGGACUUCCUGUCAGUACUACACACUGCAAGGUUGGCUCAGUGGUAGCAGUAGGCUGGAUCCGUUCCCGAAAGGCAGUUGACUGGCAUCUCUUCCGGAACAUCUUCGUAGCCUGGUUUGUGACUGUCCCAGUGGCCGGCUUGUUCAGCGCUGCCGUGAUGGCCAUCCUGAUGUACGGCAUCUUGCCGUACGUGUGAUGUGGCUCCAGAGAUCAAUAGAUUUAUCAAUAAAGGGAGAGUCCGAUGUGUGUCUGGGUGUGACAUGGUGUGACUGGCUCUUCAAGGCACACCCGUGGAACACACAUCUAACAGCACGCACAUAUAUGCUCACUAAGCCACCAGCUUCACGAGACGGGGACCCCACUCCCUACACAGUCCACCCAAGCGCCAGGAUCCCAGCUUCCAUCAUCUAACUUAACUACUGUCCAUAACAAUGUGUAUCUAAUUGGUGACAUAACAUGUGAUGCUGUUACUUAUAUAUUAAAUAUAUACUAUAUACAUAGAGUAGGAAGCACUACUGCAAAUAUAUUCAAAGUUGGGGUGGAGAGAAUUGCCUAGAAUUAUCCAAUAAAUCUUUGUAUAUAAUUAUUUCAGUGGCUGUUUCUAAAGGCCUUUUAAAGGCAACUGUAGAUUGGGAAAUGCUUUUUUUUUUUUUUUUCCAUUUGCUAUUCUGUAAGAUAAAUGAGGUACAGACUAUAUAACAAAUUUGAAAACACUGUAGGUCUGUUAUGGUCUCUGUGCUAUUGGAAAUAAUACUGGAACAAAAGUUCACAAGUGCUUUCAUGAAAUAAUUUGUCCAUACUGUAUUGAUUAUUGUGUAAUAUAUUGUAAUUGCUUUUGUAAAUACUUAAAACUGUAACUUUUUAAUGGUGCAUUUCCCUUAUAUGUUUUGGAUCAGAAAGUUUUAGAAAGUACCAAAGAAGCAGGGGAGUAUUUUGCCAGUAUUACAUUUUCACACCAUAUUUAUCUCCUUCCUUGUUUCCACUAUUAAACUGAGAUGUGGCAAGACAGAUCACGUUUGAACCUGCUCCAGAAUAGUUUUUUAUGAUCGAUAUAACCAUCAUUCCCAUGGAGCAUCUGCAAUCUCAACCCCCCCUCCCCUUCUCUCUCUCCCUGAAUCCCACAAAUCUGGGAGGUCUCAAGUGUACUAGAAUGCUGUGGUUCAUUACAGAGAACACACAGAUUUAAGGAAACGUGAUCAAAUGGUGUAGUGUCAGGUCUGCACACCAAAUGAUCCCCUCCUCCCUAUCACCUCAUCAAAUUCCAGUCACAGAUCGCGAAAUGUGUUAUGUAUUCUGUGAUGGGACAUGAUGGAGCUAUUCACUCACAAUUCGAGGAGGAAAUUCUGGGUUUGAUUUAGCUGACUGAAAUGGUCACUUAUCAGAAAGUCCAUCCGGUUAGUGCUUGUAAUUGGGGAUGGAGCUGAGGGUGCCAGGAUUCUCGCCUGGCCCUUAGGCUGUUGUUUUUUCUUAGAGGGAGGGAGAAAGCUCAACUAAUGUUUAGGAGCCUGAGACUAUUGAAAUGCUGCUAAAAUUUUGAUAUUGACAGACAUUUUAUUGGUACUUCAUUGUGAUUUUUUUCAUUAAUCAGCCAUAUUAAAUUUAUAAUAAAAAUGACCCCUGAAAUA